AUGGUUGAUCUUGAAAAAUAUAAAGGCAAUAUAAAUUUACCAGAACGAUUGCAAUCUCCUGAUCUCAAAAAUGAUAAAAAUGAAAAAGUAGAAGGACCUGUAAUUAUUAAUAUGCAAAAAGCUUUCUACGAUUUAAAAAUUAAUGAUAUAAAUAAUAGAAUUCAGAGGCUCAAAGAGGAUAUGUAUAAUCGUCUCCUUGACUCAGCUGGAAUUUUUCAAAUGGAAGUUUCUAAGUGUAUACAAGAACCUAUACAUAAACUUAUGAGAGAAAAUAUUAUAUUGAAUAAUUAUUUAACCGAAAUUAUGAAUGAAAGUCUUACUGAAAAAGAAGUAUUUGCAAACUCCAAAUCUAUGAAGAAAGAGCUUCUUCAAAAACAUAAAUUUAAUUAUUUAGGCACCAGAUAUAAUAUAAAAAUUUCUAAAAUUCAAAAUCAUCUUUUAAAAUCCUUAAAAGAGGUGCAUGCAGAUACAGAAAGACAUUUAAUUAAUUUCAAGCUUUUAAGUCAAAAUCUACAGAAAGAUUUGGUUAAUAAAGAUCAUGUAGAAGAACAAAUGAAUAUUUCUGAGGCACAUAUGAAACAAUUGGAAAUAAUGUUGUACAGAGAGAGAAUAGAAAUUACUACCUCAAAUUAUAUACGGAAAAGGAUACAAUGUAAAAUUAAAAAAUGUAGGGAAACACUUUAUGAUGUCAAAUAUGCUGUAAUAUGCGCACUACAGAUGAGAGAUAGUGACUCUAAGUUUGCACAAAUGGAUAAAAAAUGUUUGUUGCUACAUUUACAAAAUAUUAUCACAGAAGGUCAAGCCUAUAUGUCAAAUAUUACAAUUACAUCGAUGGAAUCUAUACCGCAGUCAAGUAAUGUGUAUUUUUAUGGAGAUCUUGGAUUUGAUCCGACACCUGUUGAGUUAAGAAAACCAAUUGAGAUAAUAGAAAAGGAAAUACUUCCACCUAUCACCUCAGAAGUUUUUAGUAUAGAAGAACAACUAGAAAAAGAACCAAAAAAAGAUUUUAUAGAAGAUGAAAGUUUAGCUGUGUUUGAGGAACCAUCAGAGAAAGAAUUUAUUGAAUCUAAAUAUUCAAGUGUAGAGGAUUCAAUUCCUGAAGAAUUUGAAGCAACAGAAAUUGACAAUGAUGAAUUUUAAUGAUUGAAAAUAAUAGAGAUUUAAUAUAAAAUAUAUAUUAUCAUAUAAAUACAUGAUAAAAUAAAUUUAUAUUGAGAUCACUGCUCAGAAAGUUAUAUAUAUAUAUAAUAAAGUUUAAACGUUUUUUUAUAAUAUCAAUAAUCAUAAUGUGAAUAUAAGAAUUUAUUUUUAUAUGAGAGAAUUUAAUGAUAUGUUAUAAUAAAAUAUUAUACAAG